GCUCUCUGUGGGGUAUGAGGGGGCGGGGCCAGCGUGCUGCUGCAGCUGUCCAUGGUCGUGUGGUGGUGAGAACCUGAGAGGAUCCGGAUUCGAGCGAGAUGCGGCCAUAGUCACGCUGAGCACUCUCGAAUCAGAACCAGCGGGGUCGGGGAUCUCUAGUCUUGCAGCGCAUCAGAGCCGACUGAAAGCCUGUGGACGUGAGGCAUCAUGAGUGAUCAUCAGAGACAGCGCUCUCUGUCCACUGCUGGGGAGUCUCUCUACCAUGUCCUGGGAGUGGAGAAGCUGGCCACAAGCGAGGAUAUCAAGAGGUCUUACAGGAAACUGGCAUUAAAGUUCCAUCCUGACAAGAACCCCGACAAUCCAGAGGCAGCGGAUAAGUUUAAGGAGAUAAACAAUGCCCAUGCCAUCCUGAACGACCCAACAAAGCGUAAUAUUUAUGAUAAAUAUGGCUCUCUGGGACUGUAUGUAGCGGAGCAGUUUGGAGAGGAGAAUGUUAACACCUACUUUGUCCUUUCCAGCUGGUGGGCAAAGGCGCUGUUUAUAUUCUGCGGCCUGGCCACUGGUUGCUACUUCUGCUGCUGCCUGUGCUGCUGCUGUAACUGCUGCUGUGGGCGGUGUAAACCCCGGCCCCGAGAGAGCCAGGAGCAGGACUUCUACGUGUCCCCCGAGGACCUGGAGGCUCAGCUGCAAUCUGACGAGAGAGAGGCUGGCGGUGACCCCAUAGUGCUGCAGCCGUCGGCUACAGAGACGACCCAGCUAACAUCGGAUGGGCACUACUCCUAUCACACCGACACUGGCUUCAACUAACCCUCUGCUCUCCUCAGUCCUGACCUGGGGUCCUGCCUGCUUCCCUGCUCCACCUCAGUGAGAUGAAAGAAAGAGGCAAUCCAUUUUCCAUGUUAGAAAGAGCAAGCUUAACCGAGGAGAGGGACAAGUGUGCACGGCCUGUGAAAGGAACUGAUGAAGUCGCAUCCCUCCGCUUCCCUCCCUUAUCGUGUUUUCCUCACAAAAGAAGAAAAGAAAAACAACUAAACUGUUGUCCUUUCACACCUGCUUUAGUGUUUCUUUGCCUUUUACCGGGCAGUUCUCCCACCUUACUCCCCUCCUCUCAUCAUGGUGUAGCAUGCACUGUGUGGAACGUUUCCAUAUUCUCUUUACUUUUUGGCAAUAUUAUUGCAAGACCCCGUGCAGCUCACGAGGGAGGGAGGGAGGUCAAGUCAAUGAGAGGUUUAGCAUUUGGGCAGGUGUUGAGGAUUUAUGCUAAGGUGCCAUCAUUAAACCUCCGCGGACUGACCUAUCGCACACGUUUGCACUUUUCACUUUGAUUUUUUCCACCCAUUUUGUUUUCAGACCUUCAUUCAGUCUCAUCCAUUUGUGGGUCAUCUUCUGUUUGUGCUCUGAGGUUGAUCAGGCGCAACGAUGGAGUUUAUAAAUCCUUGCUGACUUCAGGAUUUUAUUUGGUGUUUUUCAGGAUUUUAUUUGGUGUUUUUCUCACCUUUUAAAGACCAUCGUUCUAGACAUUUUCCCCCUGCUGCAGCUGGUUGUUUUAAAUCUCCUCAGAUUAGAUUUGUUUUGUUCUUCAUUACAAAUUAGAUUUGGUCCAUUUCAACCCUCGUGUUGACCUAUUUGUUGUUAUAGUAGCAGCUUAAAAAAUGGCAUUCACUCUGGAUGCAAAUCUUUAAAGAAAUGUCUGAAAGCAGUGACAUUUAAAUGGUCUUUUUCCCUAAUAUAUUUUUUCAUGUUAAUCUCAGACAUCUAUAAUCCUGGAAUUGUGCCACGUUGUUGCCGUCAUGGGGAAAACAUCACAUCUACAUCUGUAUGCUUCUUCUUUAAGUUGUUAGUGAAGCUGAGGAUUUCCAUGCAAACCAGCUGGUUCCCAUGUUUCAUAGCGUGAUUUUGUUCACGUGUUCUCAUCGUCAUUAUACUUUUUUGUGUCUUAAACUGAUCGUUUGUCCAAUGCUGUGGUCAUCUGUAAUUAUUUAAAUUGUUUUGUAGAAGAAGAUGCUCACCAGGCAGAUCAUCUGUGAACCAGUGCCAUAGGCAGCUUUUUUCACACCACUCAGUUUGCAUAUAUUGCCACUCAUGCAAGGCCAUAAAUAGCCAUGAACGUCUUUGCCAUUCUUGCAGUUUCAUAACUUCUAAUAACACGUUUUAAUGGUUUACAAGUGGUGAGCCCCCCGUAGCCCACCCUCUGCUCGUAACGGUAAGGAUGUUGACACCUGUGGCCCUCGUAUGAUGUUUCCUGUAACCUUUGAUGAAACAUAGAUGUUCCUGUCAUGGCUUUUUCAUUGAGAUAUUGAAAAAAGCUUCUAUAUAUGUUAAAAGUUGAAUGCACUGUGUUUAAAAUAAAAUGAAACCUAUAGGAUCAAUGAUCAGGAAAUGACUAAAAAGAAAACCUAGUAUAAAGUGUAACUAUAGUGAAAUGGCUAUCUGGUGCAUUUAUUAGAGUUUUAUUGAUUUAAUAUUCCAUCAUGUUUUGAUUGAUGAUUUCCAGUCAUUUUAACUGGUAUGGUGUUGUAUUGUAGACCAUUGACUUUUACUGGGAAUGGGUUAAUGGUUGAGGUUGCUUGUACAUACACUUGGCCCGUAUAAAGUAUAAACCUAAACAUUUCUGUUGUAGCAUGGUAUUUGUGUGUCUGGAUGGAAACAAGUGGAUCAUUGAUCUGAUUUGCUGUUGAAUAAAUGUUCCUAAACAUUU